CCCUGGCCAUUUCAUAGGAGCACAACGUGAACACACUGCUGGAACGGUUCGGAAUGCAAGAGGCCAACCCAGUGAGCACUCCUGGAUACGGAGCGGAAAUAUUUCCACGAAUCAACCUCAGGGCCAAUCCUAGGACCCACGGACGAGAAACUCUACCAGCCAAUGACGGGAAGCAUCCUCUACCUGGCCCAGUGCACUCGAUUCGACCUCUCUUCGGCGGCCCUACAACUGUCCAAGGCGUGCAGCAACCCAGCGCAAGUAAACAUUACAGCAGCCGAGCACGUUCUGCGAUACCUUCGGGGUAAUUCAGUCCUUCCUAUCGUCUACAGGAGAGGACAGUUUCGGCUAGCGGCAUUUACGAAUUCAUCCUUCGGAGCAAACCCCGACAACGGAAGAUGUACCACGAGAUAUCUCUUCUUCCUGACUGGAGGACUCAUCAGCUACGGUGCGAAGACUCAAACUCUAACCGCCCAAAGCACGGUGGAAGCCGAGAUUCAAGCACUUAGCUCCUCAGCCAGAGAGGCGGUCUACGUCUCAAAUUUUAUGACGGAACUCAACUUCAAGACCUUCGGAUCGGUUCCCAUUGAGCGACAGCACUGUGGCGCUGACAGUGGCCGGGAAUAA